UUUUCUAUGUAAAACUGAUUGUCUUUAUGUUUACAAAUAAUAGCACCUCUCAAUCAAUGUGGAUAGAGAGGAGAAUCUAGAACAGGUAACAGAGCACCUUAAGGCAGUCAUGAAAGUUUGAUGAGAGUCCAUCUGGAAUUUGAAGCAGCUGUGGUCAUCUUUAGAGACGGAGGAUCCCUUAGACCCCUGCUCAUCUCUACAGAGGAGCAAAUAAUGCCAAAACAGGGUAAUGUGAGACAUGCUUUGCUACAGAUGUGACGUCCUCCUCGCCCUCUUCGUCUGUCCCCUCAUCUGUCUCCCCAUGUCUCCUUGUCCGCCUGGAUGCUGCUGUCCCGGCCCUGGUUUUCUGGUCCUCUGUGAGUCUCUGGGUCUCAGGUCGCUCCCACGCUCCGUCCCUCUCAGCACCUCUGCUCUGUCUGUGGCCAGAAACCAGCUUUGCAACGUGGACCACCUUCUCAGGCCCUUCUCGGGUCUGCAGGAGCUCAGCCUCAGCCACAACCUGCUGGCCCGCUUCCCCCGCGGCUUGCCUCCCAGCCUGGAGUCCCUGCUGCUGCAGGAGAACCGCAUAACCUAUAUCACCUCUGGAUCCCUCAGGCAGCUGAGGAACCUAACCCGCCUGGAUCUGGAGGACAACAGAAUCCGUGCCAUUCAGCCCGGAGCCCUGCAGGGUCUGAAUAAGCUGCAGGUUCUGACACUGAAGGGGAACAAGCUCAGCAGCCUGCCUGUGAACCUCCCACCCUCACUGACUGACUUAGAUCUGUCAGGAAACUGCAUUGCCUCGCUGGACCUCCCCUCACUUUCCGCCCUGAUAAACCUGCAGGUCUUGCAGAUCAACAGUAACUGUCUGCGCUCGGUGCCAGAAAACACGUUUGACAUCCUACCACGCCUCAGGUCUGUGGACCUAACUGACAACCUGUGGGUCUGCCAGUGUGACAUCUUGUACCUGUAUCGUUGGCUGGUGAGCGGCAGGCUGAAGAUGGCAACAGAUGUGGUAUGCAAAGAGCCGGUCCAUCUUGCUCAGCAUCUGCUGCUGAACCUCUCAGUCAUAUCCAUCUGUCCCCAUGUCCUGAAGCCAAACAGGAAGACAAACCAGCUCAUGUUCAACAAUGCAGCGGCCAUGGAUACAUCACAUCCAGGCUUAUAUGAAGACAAUGAGGAACCUUUGAAGGAAAUAUCAAAGAGACUCCCCAUUACUAAAACGCAAAACCCCCAUGAUCCCCACAAGGCUAGACUUUUACCCUAUUCCCUGGAGACUUUGACUUAUGAGGAGUGUUUAUCCUUCAAUAUGUCUCACUCAUUCAGCCCAACUGAGCUAAAAACUGAAUCUUUUCCAGAGGAGGACCAGAGAUGCAGAGAAAACAGGACAGCUCCUUAUUUCUUAAGCACUUCACCCUCUUCUGCAGGGACACUAUCAGCUCUGUCCACCUUCAGGGAGGAAGUCCCGCCUACUGCAGCCCCACAGAUGUUCUACCAGAGAGACUCCACAGUGGUCGUCUCUCUGCUCGCUGUGCUGUGCGUUAUGCUGGUUCUUAUAAUGAUGGCGGUGCUAAUUGUGCUAAAAAAGGUUCUGGUACAGCAGCAGAGAGUGGCACCUGCCAAUGAGAGGUCCGCUGGAUGAAAGCAGCAAACACACGGAAGAUGAUUAAUUGUUUAUUUCAACAUGUGCAAACAGUCUUAAACAAGAUUGUUUAAAUUAUUAUAUAGGAAAUGUAAACCAAAUGGGUUGAAUUUUAAGCCAAAUAAAUCAUUAGAGCCAAAUCUGAUAAAGGCACACCUGCCUUUUUGUUCCUGUUUCGUUACAGAUCUCAUUUUUGUUCUGAGUGAAAAAAAAAAAAACACAUCAAAGAGAAAGAAAACCAAAAGAAUAAAAAAAAAAGGAGAAAAA